CACCCCCUGAGCAUGGUGAAGGGGCGUGGUGGGGGACGAAAGCCAGUUCUUCCAUUCCUUCACAGUUUCAAUCCCCCUCAGACAGGCGCUGGACCCGCGAGGCAAGGAGCUCUACCAGGAAAUUGCAAGCUGCUGGUAACAAAGCAGAACCGGAAUUUAAGCAAGCAGUUUAUCCAGUUUCUCUAACUUCAGCGUGACUAUGGGAAAAUCAGCUUCCAAACAGUUUGCAGAUGAAGUGCUAAAAGCCCACAAUGACUACAGAAAGAAGCAUGGUGCUCCUGCACUAAAACUCUGCAAAAAGUUAAACAGGGAAGCACAGCAGUACUCAGAAGCACUUGCUAGCACAAGAAUCCUCAAACACAGUCCUGAAUCUAGCAGUGGGAAAUGUGGAGAAAAUCUAGCAUGGGCUUCUUAUGAUCAAUCAGGGAAAGAAGUAGCUGACAGAUGGUAUGAUGAAAUAAAAAAUUACAACUUUCAGAGCCCAGGAUUUUCCUCUGGGACAGGACAUUUCACAGCAAUGGUUUGGAAGAACACAAAAAAGAUGGGAGUUGGAAAGGCAGCAGCAAGUGAUGGCUCAACCUUUGUGGUGGCCAGAUAUGAACCUGCUGGCAAUAUUGUAAACCCUGGUCACUAUGAACAAAAUGUUCUACCACUGAAAAAGUAACUUGGUCAGGGGGAAAGGACUGUUUUAAACAGCUAGCAAAAAGCAAAAUUGUGAAUUGAACAGACCUUUUUAUAAUAAACAAAGUUAAAUUGGUA